GGAAACUGCAAGGUCGAUAAAACAAUUCUAACGUGUAUUUACUUUAAUUUGUGGCGCCUAAAAUCAUGGUAGUUUAAUUUAUUCGGAAAAUCGGAAAGAUUCGAAAGAACUGUUGAGAAAGGCGCUCAAUAUCGGCGUGAAGUUUGGUGGUACAUUUCAUUGGCGAAUUUACCAUUAACAUAUUGUAAUGUGAACAGCAACCUCACGUAACUUGUAAUCGUUAUUCGUUACCAAUAUCAGCAAAAAAAGAAAUAAAUCUAUUUGCAAGGUGAAACUUGAAAUAUACGAUUCUUCCCUUAGAAUUGCUAAGCUGAGCAAUUUCUUGAAAGCAGAUUUUGUUUUACAUUGUACUGUCAGUGAUGCCAGUGAUUUUAUCGCUUUGUCGUAAAUGCAUAACAGUGUUUCUAAAUUUCAUCUAAACGUUACUUCAGGUGUAAAAUGGUAACACAGUAUUGAAAAUCUUGUAGACAGAAUGUCAGACAACGAUGAUUUAUUACACGUGUUUUCGUUGCAUGGAAUAGAUCCCUCUGGAAGAAUAAUAAGCAUAGGAUAUUCCGGUACUAUAGAGUCUAAUACUAAUCAUCUUCCAAAUUUUGAUGUAACCAUAAUAGGAUGUCCUUCACACCCGAGACAAGAAGAACAAGCUAAUGAAUUGAUUAAUGCAAUAUCUGAUGCUCAAGCUCCAUCUGACGAGGAGUCAGUACCUGAAUCAAUGGACAAUAUACAAACAAGGGAUGUAACAGAUGGAGUAUCUUCUCCAAAUCAACAAGAAGUCAGUGCACAAGCGGUAAACUCGGACGAUGACAAAAGAUAUUGCUGGGUAUGUUUUGCAACGGAUGAAGAUGAUGCGACUGCAUCAUGGGUAAAACCAUGUCAUUGUCGUGGAACAACCAAAUGGGUUCAUCAAGGAUGUAUACAGAGAUGGGUUGAUGAAAAACAAAAAGGACGUGCAGGUGCACAUGUAGCAUGUCCACAGUGUAACACAGAGUACAUCAUUGUAUAUCCAAAUAUGGGACCGUUAGUAAUAGUAUUAGAUACCAUUGAUGGAGUAAUUUUCCGAAUCUGUCCAUUUAUAGCAGCUAGCAUAGUUGCUGCAUCUAUAUACUGGACAGCUGUGACAUAUGGAGCGGUAACUGUAAUGCAAGUCGUCGGUCAUAAAGAUGGUUUGGCUAUGAUGGAACAAGCUGAACCUAUGGUAUUAUUAGUUGGUUUACCAACCAUACCCAUAGUGUUGGUCUUGGGUAAAAUGCUCAGAUGGGAAGAUCAAGCGCUUAGCCUUUUCAGACGACACGCAUGCAAGGUUCCUAUUUUGAGGCACUUUUUGCCAAGUAGUUAUUCCAGCGACGAUAGAGCACAAUCUGAAGAAGUACCUCCUAUGAGUGACCCAGUAUCAGCAACGCGUAUUCUUUGCGGCGCACUUCUAUUACCUAGUAUCGCUAGUAUAUGUGGCAAAAUAUUCUUUGAAAGUAUACACUCCAAUUUUCACAGAACGUUACUUGGUGGUAUAGCAUUUAUAACAAUAAAGGGUGCAUUCAAGAUUUAUCAUAAACAACGACAGUACGUACGACAAUGUCAACGUCGUAUAAUGGACUAUACAGAUGAUAAUGUGGCAAUAUACAGAAGGCAACAAAGUUCCGAAACCAAUCAGACAAGUUAAAUAAAAAUGCAUAAAAGAUUUUCGAAGAAUGUGUUAACGAGGAACUAAACUUCUUGGUGUACUUUGUAUACUACUGUCCGAUAUAUUCCGAUAUAAACGAUUUAGGUUUAUGGGUACUAUAAUCAGGUGUAAUAAAUAUAACGUAAGAUAUAUGUACAUACAUGUAAGAAUGAGAAAUUGUCGCUAUAUACAUAAACCUUGUUAGUCAGUUAUUAUACGUGUCCGACGAACAAUGUUACAUCUUUUAAAUGUAUUAAUGGAACAACGAUGCCAGUUUCAUCGUUUUUGUAGUAAAUAAGAAAUGAACAGCUACAAUGACGAAACAUUUUUAGCACAAAUAAAUUUCUUUUUGCUCCAAA